GUAGGUGAAAAGCUGGGGAAAAUUUUAGCACUAUUUCCAACCAUGUACCUAUCAGGUGGUACUUGCGUUACACUUAUUAUGAUCGGAGGUGGAACUAUGAAGAUUUUCUUCCAAACUAUUUGUGGUUCUAAUCAUUGCCAUUUAAUCUCUCUAAGUACAAUAGAGUGGUACAUUGUAUUCACUGUUUCAGCCAUAGUUCUUGCUCAGCUUCCUAAUUUAAAUUCCAUUGCUGGAAUUUCUCUAAUCGGUUCAAUCUCAGCAGUGACUUAUUGUACCUUGACAUGGGUAGUUUCUGUUGUCAAAGAAAAGCCAGAAGGGGUUUCUUUUGAACCUGUUGAAAAUAUAUCUGAUUUGGGAAGAGUUUGUAGCAUUUUGAAUGCUAUUGGAAUGAUAGCUUUUGCUUUCAGGGGACAUAAUCUUGUCCUUGAGAUUCAGGGUACAAUGCCUUCUAGCUUAAAGAACCCAUCUCAUUUGCCCAUGUGGAAAGGAGUCAAGUUCUCAUAUUCUAUUAUUGCUUUGUGUUUGUUUCCACUGGCAAUUGGAGGCUACUGGGCUUAUGGAAACCUGAUGCCAAAUGGAGGGAUAUUGAGUGCAUUGGACAAGUAUCACAGAGAAGACACAUCAAAAGUAAUUCUAGGAAUAACAAGUUUACUGGUGGUAGUCCAUAGCCUUACAUCAUUCCAAAUUUAUGCAAUGCCAGUUUUUGAUAAUUUGGAGUUUAGGUACACAAGCAACAAGAAGAAACCCUGUCCAUGGUGGAUUAGAACAGGGUUUAGGGUAUUUUUUGGAUGUCUAGCAUUUUUCAUAUCAGUGGCACUCCCCUUUUUGCCUAGUUUGGCUGGUCUAAUUGGGGGAAUUGCUCUGCCAGUUACCUUGGCAUAUCCUUGUCUGAUGUGGAUAAUGAUCAACAAACCUAAGACAUACACUUCAAGUUGGUAUGUUAAUUGGUCUCUUGGAAUUUUAGGCUUGGUUCUAAGUGUUCUUUUGGUAUUUGGUGCUAUCUGGUCUAUAGCAACUCAGGGUAUGGAUGUUCACUUCUUCAAGCCACAAUGAUGACCAAAAUGGUUCAGAAAAUUGAUCAAAAUCUAACCAGCACUGGACAGGAGAUUAACUUUAUUGGUUAAGAAAAGGGGAAAGGGCAAAAUGAACCUUACAGCAGCCAACAAAGGGGAAAGUUGCAAACU